GCUCUUCCUCUUCCUACGAACAACAAAAGCUGCUAUACGAGCGACUGGUCAUGGCUUCGCGACCCAGAGCUUCCUCCCAGCCAGGAAAACUUUCCCUGCCUCUGAUGACCAAGGUGACCUCAUCCCUUCGUCCACGAGCGGUUUCCUCUUGCUCUGGCUCCAUGCUUGAGGACGAGCUGUCUUGUCCCAUCUGCUGCGAGAUCUUCAAGGAGCCAGUCGUGCUCAAGUGCAGCCACAGCUUCUGCAGGGUCUGCCUGCAGCAUUUCUGGAAUAAGAAGAAGGCGCGGCGCGAGUGUCCCGUCUGCAGGAGGAAGUGCUCUCUGACGGAGCCCACGGUCAGCCUGGCCCUGAAGAAUGUGGCCGACACCUUCCUGAGGGAGCAGAAGAGGAGGACGGCUGUGGCCGGGCCGGGGACGGGGGCCUGCGUGGCCGCGGACAAAGCGGCGGUGCUGGAGGAGAAGUGUGAGACACAUGGGGAGGUUAUCAAACUCUUUUGUAUGGAUGACUUUGAAGUCUUGUGCUGUGUGUGCCACACUUCCAAGAAGCACCAGGGACACAAAGUGUGUCCUCUAGAUGAAGGAGCCCAGGAUCUGAAGUCAGAACUGAAGAAGGAGCUGAUCCCUUUGAAGAAGAAUCUGCGGUGCCUGUAUGAAGCCAAGCAGGAAUGUGAUGACACAACUGUGCACAUCAAGAACCAGACGCAGGCCACAGAGAAGCAGAUACGGCAGGAGUUUGAGGAACUUCGGGAGUUUCUGGAGCGGGAGGAGAAAGAGAGACUGGCCACCCUGCAAAGGGAGGAUGAGGAGAAAAAGGAGCUGGUGAGGAAGAAGUCUGAAAGCAUAACCAGAGACAUCCUCACUUUCUCGCACGCCGUCAUCGCCAUUGAGAAUGAGAUUGCAUCCAGUGAUGCUCAGUUCCUUCAGAAUUACAUCACCACAAAGAAAAGAGCACAGCUCCCCGAGAAAAGUCCGGAAAAAGUGUCAGGUGCCCUUAUAAAUGUGGCCAAGCAUGUGAGCUCCCUGAAAUACCACGUUUGGGCAAACAUGGUGGAACUGGUUAAGUACACUCCCAUCACUCUGGAUCCCAACACCGCCUACUCCUGGCUGUCGCUCUCCUCAGACCUGACCAGCGUGGCCAACAGUGGAUCCCUCAAGCAGCUCCCAGACAAUCCUGAGCGUUUUGGUCACUUUGUGUUCGUGCUGGGGUCAGAGGGCUUCACUUCAGGCCGCCACGCCUGGGAGGUGGAGGUGGGCGGUAAGGAGGACUGGAUGCUUGGUGUGGUCAAGGAAAGCAUUGACAGGAAAGGGCAAAUUUCAGGUUGCCCAGAGGGCGGCUUCUGGAUGAUCUCUCUCUCUGAGGGCGAGUACUCAGCCAUGACGAGGCCCAGCACUCCGCUCCACCUGGAGGGCGACUUGACCCGGGUCAGGGUGCAGCUUGACUACGAGGCCGGAGAGGUCAUCUUCUCCAACCCUGUGACCAUGAAGCCCGUCUACACCUUCACUGACUUUUUCACUGAAAAGAUGUAUCCCUUCUUCUGCCCCGGAGUCAACAUUAACGGGAGCAACCCCAAACCUCUGAAGAUCUGCCCCGCCAAGGUGGCUGUGUGGAACAGCGUGACCUGGUGAUAUGGAAGCAUUGAUGAGAUGAUGUUUUUGAGCAUGUGUGAACAGAGCAUGAUAUAAAGGAAGUACUAUUUUUAUUGUUUUUGAUAUUAACACCAGACACUCUUAUACUAACUCCUUUCAUCACCUUUCUGUUUCUCAAUGAGCCGCAGCAGAGAGAGCAUCAUUCUCCCCCUGGUGGUAAAAAACACACAUUUAACAAUUUUAUUCUUUACUUCAUUUUUUCCAAUUUUUUUUUCUGCAGUUUUUUCAUUCUAUGGAGACUGAACGAUACUUGCAACUUUUCUUUUACAAGAACUCGCGCACAAUCAUAACUCCUGACAUUUCCUGCAUGACUGUCAGUGAAUGAACUGCUUCCUCUACAUUGUUUGAUUUUGUCCUUAUUUGGAGAAACUUACUCCGCAGGACAACAAAGUUCUCCACUGACCUCGUCUCCACCCAUGUCACUGGGUAGAGCCAGGAGGGGAGUAGAGCUGUCGCUUUAAACAUCAGAUAAGAAACAAAAAGAGGAAAAACAGCAGGGACAGAUGAUUUAACAUAUGUGAAUUCUUAGCUGCCACUUGGCAAGAAAAUUAAAUAAGAACCUUUAAUGUCACAUUGAAGUUCUGUGUUUUAGAACCGCACUGCCCUUUAAUGGCCUCCCCAUUGACAUUGUUGCCUGUUUGUCAUCAGGACUGGUAUCAUGGUGAGUCCUUUUAUCUAGAAAGCCUGCAUUGUUUAUCAGCGGUUGAGUCCGGCUGUCCUCACAUGAGAGCCCUCCUGCGGUGCAAUUAUUCACGCUACAAAGGUCAAACCUGUCCGACAGAGAUGGGAGCAUCAGCAGCAGGCAGAGAAGGACAUCACACAGGAAAACGUGCUUCCCUCUACUACACAUGUCUUCUGUUUCUGCGGGGGGUUUUUCUCUCUCAAAUGUUUCAGAUUAUCAAGCACGUUUUAAUACCAGGCAAAAAUAACCCGAGUCAGUAAUUUUAUUUUCCAGCAGAAUUUAAAGAGUUUGAAUGCAAGUAAGAAAAUAAAUAAAGGUAAGACUCACCUGAGUUGCA